AAUUACUUUUGUGGAGGGGAGGUUUCUAUGAGGUUUAAGGAGCUAAUGGCAGAUAAAGAGCUUAACUAUCUGCCCACGGUAGGUGUUGCCAUGGCAUUGCCAACAGGUCCCAAACUUGAAACACCUGACAUUAAAGGCCAUGUGUUUUGUUUCUUGCCACUGCCAGUGCAGAAGAAGAGCUUAACAGGUUUGCCAGUACACGUUAACGGCUUCUUUGCCUUGGGUCAGAACAGGCGUUAUAUCAAAUCUCCAAAUGCGGAUCAAGAGGAUCAGGAGUCGUUUGGUCGACAGCUGACGGACAAGUCGUUACUAUGGAACAGGUGUCUUCUCGAGGAGGCCAUACCCAGAGCGUAUGCCACGAUGAUUUUGGAAGCCAUUCACGAGAAAUCAGUUUUCGUACCAAGGACUUCCAUCUUCAAGGCAUGGCCAGAUAUCAGCUCCAUUGACCCAAAGUGGGAGAAGAUAAAAGAACCAUUGUUUACCCUGCUACUGCAGAAAAAAGUUGUUUAUACCCCAGCACAUCUUGGUCAGUGGCUGACAGUACAGAAAGUCGUCUUUGACCUGCUGUCUAGAGAUGAACCUAAAGAGCUGCUUCGGCGAGUGUUACUAGCAGCUGAUGUGCCUGUCGUCUCAGUGCCCAGUCAUGUCGCAGACGCCAUUUUGUGCUAUGCAGGGGCUUCUGUAAAGAAUAUCACACCCAGUGGCACAAGAGCAGCACUGAAGCAAGUCCCUUCUUGUUACCAGAACCUUAAUAGACGAGAGAAACUACUACUUCUUCAGUUUUGUCUUAAAGACCGCAAAUUUGACGAACUCUGCGGCUUGAAGUUGUUGCCCCUCUCCAAUGGCGCCUUCACAACAUUUUCAUAUCGGGGAGAGAAAAUUUAUAUUUGCUCGCCUCAUCAUCCCCGAGAACUUUUUCCUGGUCUAGGACACCGUUUCAUUGAUGACACAGUCGAUGGGGACGUCAUUAGGAAGCUGGAAGAUGCAGCUGACCAAGAAGAUACGCAAUUACGGCUAUUAUGCGAGGAAGAUGUACCAUCUCUUCUUUGCGAGGCCCUACCGCCUGAGUGGAGUAGGGGUAAAACCGUUCCGUGGUACCCCGAUGACAGUAAUCACAACCAUCCUCCAAGAGACUGGAUCAAGGUUGUUUGGAGAUAUCUUCAAGAACAUUUCACCACAGAGGAAGAUAUUCAGAGACUUGGAAAACUACCUCUGAUUCCACUAGACAUGACACAAACGCCUGUAACCUUGGUUCGACUUUGCAGCCCUUCAAAAGUUGUUGUCAAAUCCCUAAGUUAUGAUUGCCUAGACGAUUCACUGACGAAUGUUUUAAGGAAGCUUGGUUUAAUCAUCAUGAAUGAUUUUCCCGCCUAUUUAAGACACCAUCCCGCUGUCUUGGGGACGUUUGUACAUUCACCUUCUGUACAAGGCGUUUUGCAAGCAAUGGCGUGUUCCUCUAGCCAGAUGGCAGCAGCUGGAAGGUUUUCAGAAAUCGUGUGCACGAUGUUAUCUACCAACGACAAGCACCUCCUCAGGUCAUUUCUGGCCCGUGUGAGACGGUCAUCUGUGGGACAAGCGGAGUACAAUCUUCUGUGUUCGCUUCCCAUUUUCCAGACGCUGUCCAAGAAGUUCGUAUCAAAGACGGAGGGUCUUUGUGCAGCGGUUGCUGAUUCUCUUCCGGUUUCACCAGUACGAGAGCUGAUUGACAUUAGCGAGCACGAUUCCAAGUCUUUUGCAGUUUUAUUAGACGUCAAGAUUCUAACGCCAACUGAGUUACUCUGCCAAAUAGUGUUUCCAGACAUACAACGAGGAAAGUACACUGGAGAGCAGAUUGACAAACUCCUGACUUAUGUACUGGAAAACCACACUAGGGAAAUUCGCAAAAAUUCCACUUUCAAACAGGAAUUACAGGCCUUGCCCUUUGUCUCCACACAAAGAGGGCGCGCAAGAGCAUCAGACCUCUUUGAUCCCAGAAAGCUGAUCCUGAAGAAGUUAUUUGUCAAUGAAGAUGUUUUCCCCACAGUCGCGUACAACGAACGUUCUGUACUCGUCAUGUUAGAAGAACUUGGAAUGAAAAGCGAGGACAACAUCACUGGAUACGAUUUGUACCAAAGUGCGAAAUUAGUAAGUGAGCUUACUCACCUUCCAACUGCAGAGCAGAAGUCAAGAGCAGUUUUGGAGUUCCUCAGAGACAAUCCCCAAAAGUUGUCAGAGUCAGUCAAUGGACAACCACUAGGAUCGCUUUUGAAGGACAUUCCGUGGGUUUCAAGGUUGCAAGAGAGGCCCCCUAACUAUCCUGCGGGAUUGGCAUGGUUUGAAGCAGGCGAAGAAAAUGACAAACACUUUUUCAAGCCAACUGAAGUGAAAAGUCAGUAUCUCGCAAACCUCGUUGGAACAGUUAUGCCUCUUGUAGAAGUACAGCCAACGAAUCAAAUUUCCAGGUAUUUUGGCUGGCAAUAUCUACCCGGUGUCUUCCAGGUCAUUCAGCAGUUGCAGAAUGUGAUCAGAUCGUAUUCAAAAGAAGAAAAACCGCUCUUUAUGGUUGUGGUAAACGAAAUUUACUUGUUGCUAAAUCGAGUGCUAGCAAAGGACGUUGGUGUGGAUCCUGCAUUUGACUGUUUAGAAGAAUUUGAUUGGGUUUGGAAUGGAGAGGGCUUUUCCUCACCUAGCCAUGUGCUUUUCAGCAAGCCCCACAUUGAUCUUACACCCUACAUACGUUCUCUUCCUCCCGACAUGGCUAAGUACGCUGAGCUGUUUUACCGUUUUGGCAUGAGGGAAAGCAGUAAUCCAACCGUUUUGGUACAGGUCCUUCACAUGAUUAAAGAGAAGUAUGACGAAGGAAUUGUCCUGUCCAGCGCUUUAGAAGUAAAGCACGAUCUUUCGUUAUCCGUCAACAUUCUGAAUGAGUUGGCAAGUGAGCAGUUGCCCGAAGAGUUACAAAGGCAAAUUGUUCUACCAACACACACUGAAGACAACUCACAUGUAAGGCUUGAACCAGUUGAGUGCUGUAUGUACUGCCACCACGACUGGCUGACGAGAGAAGUUGACGAUGAAGACAUGGACUAUUUUUAUGUACACCCCAAUGUCCCUAACAGUACUACCGAACGCCUUGGUGUUCCAAGCCUCACCAAUCGAAUGCUGGACCCGGACGAGUUGUCCAUAGGAGAAGAGUUUGGACAGGAAGAGAAGCUUACUACUCGGUUGAACCGACUUCUGGAGGAAUACACGGAUGGAUUUUCAGUUCUAAAAGAACUUGUUCAAAACGCAGACGAUGCCGGUGCCACCGAGGUCCGAUUUCUCUAUGAUGAAAGGACGAACGAGGAUGCCAUGUCAUGCUUGAUCGACGAAGGCAUGAAAGGUUGCCAAGGUCCUGCAUUGUGGGUCUACAAUGACGCUCAAUUCAACGAUGAAGACUUUGAGAACAUUGCAAAACUGAAUGAGGCAACAAAAGAGCACGAAACGGAAAAGAUCGGCAGGUUUGGACUUGGCUUUAAUGCGGUGUACAAUUUGACAGAUGUGCCCAUGUUCCUUAGUAGGAACUAUUUUGUCAUUUUUGAUCCUCACACGUCAUUCCUCGGGAAGGCCAUUAAGAACAAAAUGAAGCCAGGAAUGAAGAUUGAUCUCAACAAGGAUGUGAAGAGGCUUCGAAAAUUCACCAAUCAGUUCAAGCCAUUCACUGGUAUCUUUGGCUGUGAUUUACGUCUUGAUAAAGAAGACAAUUCAUUUGAUGGAACUCUUUUUCGAUUUCCAUUGAGAACGAGCGAGCAAGCUGAAAGAAGUGAGAUAAAGAAGCUACCAUACGAUGACCAGCAAAUACGAGAAUUGUUGCUAAUGCUCGUUAAUGGAGCCAAUACCUUACUCCUCUUCACGCAGAAUGUCCUUCAUGUCAGUGUAUUUUCUUUGGCAGUAUCUCCCAGUCAAGACCGAAAGGCGACAUUACUGUUUCAAGUAAGCAAGUCACUAGCACAAGGUGGAAUAGUUAGAGGCCUGUCUGUCCCUGUUAAUCUACCAGCCGCGACAAUGAAGUUGGCCUCAGAGGAAAAGGAUUUCUUGAAGCAAUGCAAUUUUCUUCAAGUGUCGUCACAGGUAACUCGAAAUUUUAGGAAGGGAGCACCAACCAAACUAAUAAAAUCGGCCAUGAAGGUUAACAUCAAGUGCAGCUUUACGGAGUACGGUGUGAGUUUCUUCGCAAUUGACGUACCUUAUCAAAAGGAGUGUAGCACCUGGCUUGUGGCGUCUUCCAUGGGUAAUGGUCAAGCACUGAAAUUUGCUAAGAAUGAUUUGAGCCUUCUCCCAUCGGCGGGGGCAGCUGUUCAGCUGGUUCCAAAUACAUCUGGCACCAUUUUGCCCUUGCCUGUAAAGAAGACAGRUGAUGGYUUAGAUGUCAACGGGAUCUUGUUUUGCUACCUCCCACUUCCAAUUCACAGUGGCCUUCCUAUUCACAUAAAUGGAGCAUUUGCAUUAGCUGCUAACAGACGUCAUUUGCAGGAAAAACUUGAAGAUGACAAGAAGUGCUAUGGAGUGGACUGGAACAAUGUACUUAUGCAAGAUUCUAUUGCUUCUGCUUAUCUCUGCCUUCUCGAGGAUCUGAGGUCCAUUGCUUCGGCUGACGGGUCUUACAAGUUCCAUUCGUUGUGGCCAAAAGCUUGUGAGACUCAUCAUAAUUGCUGGCCAAUCAUGAAGUCGUUCUAUACACAGGUUGCUAGAGGAAAUUACUCGCUGUUUUCUGACGGGCAGAACUGGCUAAAUAUUGAUCAAAUUGCAUUUCUUGAUCCAGAUUUUAGAAAGAAGCCGCUAAUAGGAAAUAUCUUGCUCACAGUUUUCCAGCUGCUUAUGAAAGGAAGUGCAGUGGUCAUUGAUGUUCCCGUGGAUGUCUUAAGGUCGUUCCAGGUUUGUGGACUGGGCGAGAUACUAAAUCCCAAAAUCUACGACAAGGAUAGAUUUUUUCGUGAACUGUUCUUCCCAAAGAUCUCCGCUGUACCUCCAGAGUUAAGAGAUGCACUAGUGCUGCAUGCUCUGGAUAUCAACUGCAAUGACCUGAUAAGGACGCAUGCUUGCAUUCCAGCAUCACCACUUGGUAACACUCUCAAGUAUCCAUCUCAACUCAUACAUCCAGGCAAAGACGCAGCCCACCUCUUUCUUCCUAGCGACGAAAGGUUUCCUUGCGGCAAUGAAUAUACUUUCCUUAACACUCAGCGGCUUGCAAAACUUGAGACUCUGGGAAUGGUGUCGGAUUAUCUUCCUUGGCAAGAGAUUGCAGAAAGAGCCGAAAGUAUUCAAGGACUAAAUGAAGUUAACAGUGACGCAGCGUGUAAGCGGACGAUGGCAUUGCUACAAUUUAUGGAGAAGAAGAUGAACUACGAAGAUAAAAUUCCUUCAAACAGUGUCAUUGGAAUACGCAUUUUGGAGGCAAAUUUUCUCCCAGUUCUCAAGAAGCCGGCCUCGUUUCCUCUUCGAUGGAAAGGUGAUGAUUUUGGAAACAAAGUUCUCCUCGCACCUAAAGAUGUCUUCUUGGAAGACGAAAAGUACUUUUUAUGCUGCACGGAACCAUUAGUUGGAGUGUCUAUCCCUCCAAAUGUUAGAGCGUUGUUGGCGCUAGACAAAAAGCAUGCGACUUUGGCCCACGUAAUAGCUCAACUGGAAGUAGCUAUGUCCACCAAAGUUGAAUCGUCAGAGUUCACUGUACAUGAGGAGAUAAGCCAUCUGUGUUACGCCGCUUAUUCGUAUCUAGAUAAAGCGCUUUCUAACAAUUGGAAAGCUAUCAAGAAAUUGUUGAAUGGGAAGAACUUCAUUCUUAACCGAAGACAGUUUCUGUUUGCUACUCAGGUGGCCUUUCAUCUUAACGUCGACUGCUCGCCAUAUCUUUAUCAACUUCCAGAACCUUUGGCGGUGGCUUUCCCAAAACUAAUGAAAAUGGUUGGUGUGAGAGAACAUUUUGAGGAAAAAGAUUUCAUUUCAAGUCUUCUGAAAAUGAAAAGCCGCUUUGCUGAAACUAACCUGGACCAAGAAAGCCUUCAGACUGCUGUGCAUCUGGCGAAUAAACUGGGCGAAACUCUCAGAGAUUGGAAUUGCGAUCCUGCUGAAGUAGAAGAAAAAUGUGGAACUGUUUACCUUCCUGACUCACGAGGAGUUUUGCGAUCGGUUCCCGAGCUUUGCAUCAAGGACUGCCCUUGGAUGCCUGAUGAGCCAGACGUGCAUUUUGUUAACGCCAGAAUUCCUUGGCCAACUUGUGACUAUGUGGGUGUUAAAACACGUAGAGAAGAAGCUUUGCGGUCUCAUGUCGUUGGAAUUCCUUUUGGUCAGCGGGAGAAACUCACAAAUCGCCUGAAACGUAUUCUAACCUGCUAUCCAUGCGAGAAAGAAAUUCUGAAAGAACUUCUUCAAAACGCUGAUGAUGCAAAAGCGACUGAGAUUUGUUUCAUAAAAGACCCCAGACACCAUCCCAAUGAAAAAGUUUUUCAAGACAGUUGGCAACCACUACAGGGACCUGCCUUGUGUGUGUACAACAACAAGCCUUUCACCAAUGCCGAUAUUGAAGGAAUACGGAAUCUUGGCGAGGGUAGUAAUAGCGAUGAUCCGAACAAAACUGGUCAAUAUGGUGUCGGGUUUAAUGCUGUCUACCAUUUGACUGAUGCGCCGUCCUUCAUUUCAAAAGGAGAGGAGAUUGGCGAUGUCUUGUGCGUUUUUGACACACACUGUAAGUUCGCUCCUGGUGCAAGUUCAGAAGAACCUGGACUAAUGAUCAAAGUCGACACAACCCUUCAGAGAAGGUUUCCGGAUGUUUUUCCAUGUUAUCUGGGAAAACACUUUCCAAGAGAUAGCGCAACCAUGUUCAGAUUUCCUCUGAGAACAGCGCAUAUGGCUCUAGAAUCCAAAAUAUCGUCAAGUUCUGUGUCACUGGAAAAGCUGGACACAAUGAUGGAGGAAUUGAAGAAAGAGCUAUUUGAAGUUCUCCUUUUUGUAAACAAUGUGAAGAAGAUAACCCUUUGUGAAGUCAAUAGAACAAGUGGGGAUCUAGAGAAUGCUUACACAGUCGAAGCAGUGAUGUCAGAGGAGGAUGAACUCAAGAGACGAGCAUUUGCCAAUUACAUCAAAGACAUUGGAAGGCUACUACAGGAGGGAAGAGAAGUUCUUGCAACUGACAUUCAAGUAGCAAGAGUGUCCUAUGUCUUGAGCAUCACAGACACUCUUGGAAACCAAGAAAAGUGGCUAAUUGUUCAACAGAUGGGCUUUGAGAAGUCUGUGGAGAAGAGUAUCGUUAAUGCCUUUAAGAAACAUCAACUUGGGAUGCUUCCUCGUGGCGGUGUGGCCUGCCUUUUGGAAAAGAAAUCUGUACAAAAAUGCCAUGUACAAAGAAGAAAAAAAGCUUAUUGUUUUCUGCCACUUCCAUUCGAAACUAAGCUGCCAGUUCACAUUAAUGGUCACUUUGCACUGGAACACGAGGCAAGAAGAAAUUUGUGGAGCAACGAAGCUGGUGGAUACCAGAGUGACUGGAAUAAUGCAUUGUUGCAAGAUGUCGUGGCAUCGUGCUACAUUACGCUGUUGGUCGAAGUGCGAAAUUUUCUUCAGCUACCAAUAAUCCAAGAUAGAAACCCCUGCACCGAAGAUGAGAUCCUGUACAAGAUUGCUUUCUACGAAACCUUUUUCCCACGUCUACCUCCCAAGGAACAGUAUUGGGAGACGCUGGUUGACUCUGUCUAUCAAGAAAUCAACAGAAGAGAACUGAAAAUCAUACCAGUUGUUCGAAGAAGACCAAUGGAAGUCGCCAGUAAAACUGCGAAGAGUAGAACUGUAGUAGAAGUUUCGUGGCUACCACCAACCAGCAAUGGAAGGGAGCAAGCAUUUUUCAACAACCUUGCUGUAGAAGGUCCCUUUGCCAUGUCCCCUGACAAGGAAACAAAUAAAUCCCAAACGGAAACAAUAAAGAGGUUUGAGGCAAUACUUCUUGAAAGCGGUUUUAACCUCGUGGCCUUUUCCUUGUCGUUGCACAAAUCCUUUUUGAGGGCUGGUAUAACUACAUGCUGCAUCUCUCCAAGCUCUGUUAUAGAUUUCUACAGAACACGUAGUUCUCAGAACCCCUUGUGCACGAUUGGGCCAAUUCCCUGUCAAGUAGAUGGAACAACAUUGAAAGAUGUUCUUGGAGUUAAUGUGGUGCUGCAGUACUACUCUUGUUUUGAUCUUGUAGAUAUUAAUCUGCCCAAUCAAGUAGUUGUGAUAGAGAUUGUCCAGGAAGUUUGA